CCCACAAGCUAUUUUUCUCCUAUCUGCUCUCAGCCCGUUUACUGUACCUGCAGAUACUGCAUAUUAGUUCCGGUUUGUUUGACAAAUCAUUCAUCAAAUCACACCUACCUACUCUCUGCAGUGCAACCAUGCCAAAGCAAGACAUUUACCAACUUCACCCAAACGGCUGGGAGAGCGACACAGAAGUAGAAAUUCGCAAAGUAACCACACUCGACUAUUUGGCAGCCUGCGUCUAUACGAACUAUGCUGCUUUCUUUAAGUUGGAUGAUGAUAAGAAGCAAUUGGCUGCUUCUACGCUGAAGGCUGGCCUCGAGCGGACUAUUACGCAAAUUAGACAUAUUAUCGGCACGAUUGAGAAGGAUGAAGAGAAGGGUGGUCACGUGUUCAUCAAGAAGAAGGAUAGCACAGUCCCUUUCCAUGUCCAAUGGCUCGACUCGCCUGAGGAUAAAGAUAAAUACCCGUCCUUCGAUGAUCUCGAAAAGGCUAAUUUUGGGUCGGUGGCCAUGGGCGACCUCAAGAUUUGGAGUGUCGAACCCAUGACAUACGGGGAGAAGCCAGAGGCACACCCUGACAACCACCCCGUCAUUGCAGGCUUCAAGGCUAAUUUCAUUCGUGGUGGCCUAGUCCUCAAUAUGCACUUUCAUCAUUACGCCUGCGAUGUGAUGGGCAUGUCUGGAUUUGUAGAGCAAUUGGCUGACAAUUGCUACGCUAUCGUGAAUAACACUCCAUUUCCUCCUUGGAGCGAUAGCCACUUUGGCGUUCCGCACUUUAUCAAAGAUCUACCUCCUGAAGACCAGAUGGUAGACGGCCCUGCCCAGCCCCAGCGUCACCCAGAUCACAUUGGGGCUACGAUGUACCUGUUUCACCUACCUAAGAGCAAGGCAGCAGAGUUGAAGAAGCUAGCUAGUCCGGACGACGGUACUUGGAUCUCAACGUAUGAUGCCUUCAUAGCGUUCCUCUUUCGUACGACGACCCGGCUUCGCGCUCCCUUCUUUAAGCCAGAUAUGUCAUCGAAUGUCGCCUGGGCUCAAUCAAUGGAUAUGCGCAGACGGCUUCAUACCCCAAAGUGUCCACCCCGCAUGCAAGGAAAUGUGUACUUCGUGGCAUCAACCACAAUGACUAAUGUCCAACAGCCAACUGUUGCGCAGAUCGUUUCAGAAUGGCCCUUGUCCAGGCUGGCGCAAUACAUCCGUCAGAUGACCGACGAAGUAACCCAGGAACGCGUGGACGAAGUGCUUAACCAGCUAGCGCCGAUACGUGACAAGCCGGCCUUGAUGACCCGCACAGAUUCGUUUCCACCAUUGUCAAACCUCCAGACUGACCAUCGUGACGUCAAGGUCACUCUGUGCGAUUUUGGAUUUGGCAAACCGAUCGGGUAUCGACAUGUCAUAGAUGUGGUUACUGAGAACCUCACAUUUGUAUACCCGCCGCGCGACAGGUCCCCUGAAUCAGACGAGGGUCCUGAGCUUAGCAUCUCGUACGAGACCAUAUUAGCUGAUGGGCUAAUCAACGACCCUGAAUGGAACAAGUAUUUCGAAUACAGGGGAAUCGACUGCGUUCACACCGGACAGCACCACUAGCUAAUCUAGCCAGGGGUUGUGAUGUUAGGGGCAUUCUGAGCGUACAUAGCGCAAAACUUAGACUUAUGAGACUUACGAGACUUAUGUUAGUUAGGUUAGGUACCUAGACAUGUAAUUAGUAGUUAGAUCUGGUUCUUACAUACAUACACAUGUAGUUAGAUAUUUCCAUAACGUAGCGUAUUUUGCCAAUUUACCAAUCUUGAGAUUCGAUCCCCUCACAUUUACCCUCACAUUCAACGUGAACGGGUUUACAUACACGCAGACACGUUAGCUGUCUCGAGCUCCGCCCUUUGAGCGGUGAGAUAUGCUUGGCUACUGUCGAAGCCAAAAUAAAACCUCGUCCUCAUAAUCAUCC